CAAGUCACAAGGCCGAGGGAAUCAAGCAAUCACCCCCAGGAAAAGUCUCUGUUACAAAAACCCCAAUCCUCCACUUCCCGUCCGUCCCCCUCUGGACCCUACCUCUCAGUUUCUCUGCUAAAGCCUUCGUAUUUCAACUAUAAUUCCUCUGAGCCGCAAAAAAGCAAAGAAAUAGAGUGCAGAUUUCUGUAGAAAACGACAUGGGAGCUGGGCGUGCCGUGCCAAUAUCGCUGGACGGAGUGAGGGACAAGAACUUGAUGCAGCUGAAGAAGCUCAACACGGUUCUCUUCCCUGUCCGCUACAAUGACAAGUACUACGCAGAUGCCCUUGCUUCGGGCGAGUUCACCAAGCUAGCAUACUACAGCGAUAUCUGUGUUGGUUCUAUUGCUUGCCGGCUUGAGAAGAAGGACGGUGGGGCUGUCCGUGUUUAUAUCAUGACAUUGGGUGUCUUAGCACCGUAUCGUGGAUUAGGCAUUGGUACAAAGCUGUUGAACCAUGUUCUUGAUCUCAGCUCCAAGCAAAACAUGUCUGAGGUUUACUUGCAUGUGCAGACAAACAACGAGGAUGCCAUAAAUUUUUACAAGAAAUUUGGGUUUGAAAUCACGGACACUAUCCAGAACUACUAUACAAACAUUACCCCACCAGACUGCUAUGUUCUUACCAAGUAUAUCAGUCAAACGAAGAAAUAGCAUUUCAAAGCUAUUUAUCAUGGGGGGAGUCCUUGCUUGUUGUGGUAUUAUUAAUUGAACCCAAUUUGCAUCUAUACUGGAGUUUCGGCAUUUAAAAGCUGAGGUUCUUUAUACCCUAAAA